AUGCUUGUUGAUCUUGAUGAAAAUAAAAAUAAAUAUCAUAUUAAAAGUUAUGACUUAUCAAAUAAUAGUCUUCUUUAUGUAGCUGAUAAAAAGAAACGAUCAGAAGAUUAUGAACUUAUAUCAUAUACAUGUUGUAUGAUGUCAACAAUAUGCGAUAAACAAUUAUAUCAAUGUGAUUCGACUGAUGUUUGUUAUGUUCAAAUAUCAACAAGUGACGAAAUAACGAAUGCUUUAAAUAAUGUUAAUUAUAAUCAAACACAUAUAUCACCAACAUGUGAUUGUUGGGAACAAAUGCAAACAUGUUCAAUAGGUGCUGGUGUGGUCCACCACCAAGUUUUGAUUUAA